AUGGCUGAGCAACAACAGAUUCCUACCUUUAAAUUGGUUCUCGUUGGUGAUGGUGGUACCGGUAAAACCACCUUUGUGAAGCGUCACUUGACUGGUGAAUUCGAAAAGAAGUAUGUCGCCACUCUUGGUGUCGAAGUUCAUCCUCUCAAGUUCAGCACCAACUUUGGUGAAAUCAUCUUCAACACUUGGGAUACUGCCGGUCAAGAAAAGUUUGGUGGUCUCCGUGAUGGUUACUACAUUCAGGGCCAGUGCGCUAUCAUCAUGUUCGAUGUCACCUCUAGAAUCACUUAUAAGAACGUGCCCAACUGGCAUCGUGAUCUUGUUCGCGUCUGCGAAAACAUUCCCAUUGUUCUUUGCGGUAACAAGGUUGACAUCAAGGAACGUAAAGUCAAGGCCAAGACCAUCACUUUCCACCGAAAGAAGAACUUGCAGUACUACGAUAUCUCUGCCAAGUCCAACUACAACUUCGAAAAGCCUUUCUUGUGGUUGGCUCGCAAGUUGAUUGGUAACCCCAACCUCGAAUUCGUUGCUGCUCCUGCUCUUGCUCCUCCUGAGGUCGUCGUUGACAACGCAUUGAUGCAACAGUACCACCACGAAAUCGAGGAAGCUGCUGCACAACCUCUUCCCGAGGAAGAUGACGAUUUGUAA